UUUGGGACAUCUUUUAAAUCUUGUACUACGAGUAAACCUGAAUAUCACAUGUUAAUUUGAUCACCGAGUACAUACCGAUAACAUUAAUGCGUCUUUCAAUAAAAUGAAUUUGUCAGUUUUUCGCAGAUUAAAAUCUUCAUCGACAUCUCGAGGCGAUAGCGAAUAACGUCACAUGGUACACAGCUUCACAUAUUUUUUUACUAAUCGCUAAAACAGUCAAACAUUAUGACGGCCUGACUAAAUUGUUUCGCGGUACCUUUGUGAUUUACAAAUUUUGGAUAUCGAUAUUAAUUACUGUUCCUUCCAAAAAUUAUGGAGAUCUGUCCACCUGACCCAAUUUUGCUGGAAAAGCCACCGUUGUCGAUUAUCGAGGUCAAAAAUAAAAUUCGGCUCGGUCACGAUGAGUGUUGCAACUGUUGCUGUUGUUGUACGCCGCAGCCCACGUGUUACAAAUAUGUCCAACCAGAGAUGCCGAAAUCCUUCGCGCCCAUUCGCUAUUACUGGAAAUCGGACGUACCGAUGGACAAGGACACGACGUAUCGUCUCUCCUAUUGGGAAGGACCCAGCACUAUAGUUGAUCCUAUCCGUCCCGAAGACAAUCUGACAUGCGGCGACGCGGCAAUGUGCGACGAGACGACUCACAAAAUGAGCUAUCUUGGCAAUUGGUGUGUGAAAAUGGAGCCGCCGAUGAUACCUUGCGAGAAAGAUUGGCUUGGUAGAGGCCCGAUGCAGGAUGUUACGACGCACAAGCACGAUUACCCUUGGAAGUGCGUGGACCGAGCGAAACCCUUAAAGGCGCAAAACAAUUUAUAUCCGCCAUGUGCUGCUUUAUGCGAUGACACGACGUAUCGCUUGAGCUACUUCAAUUCCUCCUGCAUGCUUCCGACGAUGUCCUUUGCACCUAUCAGAAAGUACGUCAAGUCGGAUGUGCCAAUGGAAGGUUGUACGACUUACAGACUCAGCUAUUGGCCAAACGAGACUCCCGUUAAGGAAGAACAGCCAUGGAAUCAGAAGGCCGAGUACUGUCGACCGGUGACACCGUUGGAGGGCUGCACGACUUACAAACUGAGCUACUGGCCGCACUGCGAGAAGCGUCGCGAGCCCAUCCGUACGCAGGACAACGAGAACGUGCUGAAUGCCAGCUGCUGCUUCGACGAUAAUACCACGUACCGACUCAGCUAUUUCGGGUGUGGCGAUGACAAGCCGCCGGAUCCCAUUCGCCAGACGAGUAAUAUGGUCUUCUCGCCGUGUCCGUUCUCUCAUGACACCGUGAAUCGACUAAGUUUCUUAGGAAACUGGUGCGUUAAGCCGGAGUCGCCCAUCAUCCCCUGCAGUAGAGAAAUGCUGGGUAGUGGUCCGAUGCAGGAUGUGACUACGCAAAAGCAUGAUUACACCUGGAAGCGUACGGUGCCGUCGAUGCAGUUCCGACCUGAGAACAACCUCGUCUUCUCGUCCUUGCCGUUGGAAAGUUGCACGACUCAUCGAUUGUCUUACAUACCCAACGACUACAAGUCUCUGACGUCUCAUAAAUCGUAUGCGCCCAUACGUAAGUACCAGCAGUCGGACAUCCCGAUGGAAUCUGAGACCACGAUGCAAUUGAGUUACCAGCCUGUGGAGGCUGAUCGAGUCGAGAAACCAUGGGCUGUAUCUUCCUAUUACCCACCUGUGGAUUCCAUGGAAAAUAACACCACGUACAAUUUGAGCUAUAUCCCACCAGGAACACUCGUCCCCUUUUGUCCCGUCGCGUGUCCUCCUGCGAACACUUGUGAAAUGUCCUCAUCACAAGCUUGUCCCGUGUCGUAAGUAGAAAUAAGAAGGUACAAGUGGAUAAGUGAGAUAAGAAGAAGAAGAAGAUAAUACAGAAGAGACACACACACAUCUAUAUAUUAUUAUUUAUUUUCAUGACGUACGUGUUUUGCGAGUCCCAUCGUCCGAGUGCGCACACGUGGAAGUGUCUGUGAUGUCCGUAAUGUAUCUUGUCCUGAUAAUAAAAUACCCUUUCGCGGCCGCGACUUUUCAAUGAUGCAUUAAUAUCUCACGUAAG